UUGAUAUGCGCAUCUGCAGCUCCGCUGCAUUUUGAGAAAAUUUUGGAGUUUACUGAUAAAUGUGAAUGGUUUAAAUUUAAUGUUAAACCAUCUUUCCGAGUUUAGAGUUCCGACUCUCAGCAGAAAACUCAAUUCCGAUCCCUCUGUUGAAGCAUCUGCAAAGUGAAGAUGUUGUGUUUUGCAGCAACCAGGUAUACCUUUCCUCCAUCAUCUUCUUCUCGCUUUCUUCUAUCUUUACCUUUCUCACUCUAUUUCAAGUUCUUCCUUCAUUCCCAUUCUCCAAACCCUGAUGAGGUUUCCGAUGCCAUUGCUUUAUUCAAUCGCCUGUUCCGUCAACGCCCUCCUCCCUCGAUAUGCGAAAUUACCAAAAGUUUAGGCGUCAUUGCCAAGAUGAAGCAUGACCCCACUGCCAUUUCACUUGGUUCUCAGGUGGAGUUGAAGGGUUUCACUCCAUCUUUAGUUUCUCUGAGUAUUUUGAUCAGUUGUUACUGCCACGUGGGUCGGAUGGAUUCUGCUUUCCCUCUGUUGGGGAAGAUUUUCAAGAUGGGUUUUCAGCCGGAUACGAUAACUUUGACUACAUUAUUGAACCGGCUAUGUAUCAAUAACAUGGUUGGGGAAGCAUUGGAUUUUCACGAUGACCUCAUUGUAAAAGGAUAUUCUUUUUUAAUGAAGUUAGUUACGCUGCCGAGUCUUGCUAUGAAGCCUGAUGUAGUUAUGUACAGUACAGUUAUCGAUGGGCUUUGUAAGGAUGGAUUUGCAAGUGAGGGACAUGGUUUGUUUUCAGAAAUGAUUGGCCUGCGAGGCAUCAACUUGAAUGUAAUCACCCUCAGUAUAUUGGUGGAUGCAUGUAAGGAUGGAAGGAUCAUCCAAGCACAAGCCAUGUUUGCCAAAAUCAUGAAGCUUGGUCAAAAGCCCACUGUUGUUUCCCAUACCAGCUUAAUAGACGGGUACUGUCUGAUCAAUAAUGUAAAGGGAGCAGUAGGAGUAUUUAAUAAGAUGAUCAAAAGUGGUUUGAGACCUAAUGUUGUCUGUUAUAAUAUUUUGAUUAAUGGAUAUUGUAAGAAUAGAAGAUUGGAUGAGGCCAUGUAUCUCUUUAAGAAAAUGCGUUCUAGAAAUUUGGUUCCCAACACCGCAAGUUAUAAUUCUCUUAUUGAUGGCUUGUGCAAAGCAGGAAGACUCUCAGAUGUUGAUGAGAUGCGCCACAGAGGUCAUCCCCCAAAUAUAUUCACUUUUAAUGUAUUGUUAAAUGCAUUUUGCAAAAGGCAGGAUCUUGAUUGAGCAAUUGCAUUAUUUCAACAUGUUGUCAGAGAAGAAAUACGACCUACUGUCCACACCGAUAAUAUUCUUAUGGAUGGUUUGUGCACAGGUGGGAAACUAAAUAAGGCAAGAGAGAUUUUUCACUGUCUAUUGAUGGAAGGUCACCAUCUAGAUGUUGUGUCUUAUAAUGUUAUGAUCAAAGGACUUUGCAAAGAUGGUUUGUUUGAUGAGGCAAUGAUUCUAGCUGAUAAAAUGGUAGACAGUGGGUACAUCCCUAACAAUAUAAACUUUAAAAUUAUUACUGGACACCUUCUUGAUAAGAACGAGAAUGGUGACACCGAGAAGCUUCUUCGUAAAAUGGUUUCAAAGGACUUGUCAAAAAAUUGAAACAAGGUGAGGCCCUCUAGUUCUUGUUUGUUUCUGCUAAAAGUUGUUUGAUUCUGAUUACUAUUGAUGUUCUGUUCAAGGCUUACAUUUAGUAAAUUUAUGUUGCCUUUGUGCCAUUAGCAAUGUUAAAAUUUUUUCUUAAAAUGGCUUUGUUCUUUCUUCUUAAUGGCAGAUUACUAAAUUCAUUCAACCGUUUGAUAUGCAUCUCUUGUUGCUAAUGCAUUUGUCUCUCAGAUUGCUAUGAUAGAGUUCUUUUCUCAUGUCAUCAAUUGGGUGGAAGAUUUCAGACUCAAUGGAACAAUACUUUUCACUUUAUGGAAGAACGUGAACUUGUAUAUAAUAUACUUAUUGCCACAAUGUUAUGGUACCAGAAUGGUUCAUCUUCAGCAACAAUUUUUGAAGUUUCUGUUUUGGACCCAGCUUCUCUCCACUUACCCCUCUCCACUAAUUCUAAACAAUGUCGUUUACUCGUUUUGCUUAUUCAGGUAGAAUCUACGCCAUUCAUUUUAUUAUAAUCUCAACUGUUGCUUGUGGAAUUUGGAGAGAAGAGACCAAAUCAAGUUUCAGCCCUCAUCGUUUGCCUCUUUCCAUUUCAUUCUGCAAUGAUGAAUUCUCAUUUCCCUCAAACCAUAUCGACCCUCAAGAGGUCUUCAUUGUCAGUGAAUGUUCUAAGGUCUUCAUUGUAACAUUCUACUUUAAUUUUUAGAGUUAAUUAGAAUUAAUGAAAAAAAAAUAGAAAGAAUGUUUGAAGAUAAAUAAAUUAAUUAGGAGAUUUUGUUUAACUUAGGAUAUAAUUUUUAUGUUAAGUUUUGCUUUUAAAAAUUGGAAAUAAUGAUAAGUGAUAAUAUAUAUAUAUAUAUAUAUAUAUAAAUAAAGAGAAGACUUAAUGAGGAAGUAUAUUGAAGUUAAAAAAAAAAAAAAAAGAGAAUAAGAUGAGGCGGUGGAAUUGAGGCCAAUAUAUAUAUUAUGGCUUUGCUCUCUCAUCUCAUUCACGCACAAGACAAGAGAGAGAGAGAGAGAAAGAGAGGGAGAUAGAGAGAAGGAGAAGGAAAGGAAAAGGUUAAGGGUUUGAAGGCUUUUGAGGUAAGAUUUUAUGCUCAAAACUAUUUCUAUUUCCAAAAUUUCUUUUAUAAAUAUUUUCCUACUCAUCCAGAGCUUUCAAAUAAUAUUAAAAUUUUGAUGAGUAAAGUAAAUUCUAAAAUUUAAACUUAGAGUAAGUAUUGACUUUUAACAAUGAAAACUAUUAAUUAGUAGAGAUAAAUUAGUACUUAAAUUUUAUUAGUUCAGAUUUGUUCUAUAAACUGAUUUGGGGGUUUAAAAUUAAGUUUUUAAUUAUAAAAUUUGUGAUUUCUGGUGUAUAGGAUGUUUAUAUUGAUUAAAUUUUGUUUUUGAGAUUUAGAUAAGUUAAUUUAAUUUAAUUUUGGGUUUUUAUUGGAGGGAUUUAGAUUGGAAGGAUAUGAUUGUAAACUUGAGAAGUUUAGUUAAAUUUUAUAUUUAAUUGAUAAAUUACAAUAUAUAUAUAUAUAUAUCUAACGGUAUUUAUAUCAUUCGAUGUCGUAGAUUAAUCUAUUAUCGUGGUUAAGAAAUUCCUUACACAUCUGAGUUAGUUGUAGCUUGGAAAAGAGGUAACAUUGGAAUAUCCUUUCAUAUAUUGAGAUACUGGUUUUUAGUAUUGUGUAUAUAUAUAUUAAUAUUUGUGUAAUCUUAUUGUGGAAUGUGACAUUUGUUUUAUAUGUCGCAAAAGAGGUAAUAAGGAUGGCUAGUAAUAUGAUUAUUUGUUCGGGAUUAAUGAUUGAAUAUUAUGCCACGUGGUUUGCCUCCACUACGUGCGUAAUGGUUGGCCUUUUUCUUGUAGUUCCCAAUGUCUUUGACAUUUUGAGACGAUGGGCACCUUCUUUUUAAGGGAAGGAGUCCUAUUCUGAUGGCAAUGUACCUUUGGCCGAGUAUAACCUUAGUUUAGGCUCCAGCUAGCGGUAAUAAAGGAGUUAGGAGCCAUAAGGGUGAGGUUGGGAAAUGUAUCACUAUUGUUUUAAUUUGACAUUGAUUUAAAAAUUGUUAUAAAAUUGUGAAUAUUACAUUUCUUGUUUUAUGUAUUGAUCAUGAAAUGCAUAUGUAUAUCUACGGAUAUGUUUGCGAACUGAUUUCAAGAAAUAUGUUGGUAUAUGUUAGAAUAACCAAUUGUUACUGAGAUUUUUAAUCUUACAUGUUACUUCUUAUCAUUUUUAGGUGAGCAGUUAAAUGGAGCUAUAGGGAAGGCACCGAAGAAGUGAGCUUAGGCUCCCUUCUCUCAGCUUGGCACGUGGUUUUCUGUUUAUUUUGUAAUUAUAAUUGCUAUGACUUAGGGACCCUUAUAAAUUUUAUUUUGGAUAAUUGUUAUAGGUUAUUUGACCGUAACUACUCAAUCUUUUGUUUGAACUUGAUAACUUUUAAACACGUCAAUCUGGACCAUGGUUUUCUAUUGGGCCAAGCCUAUUUAUUUUGGAUUGUACAUGUUAAUGGUAUAAGAAAAAUGUGUGUUUAGUAGAGUUGAUUAUAUCUAUAAACUGUUGUUGAACCCUGAACUUUCUACAAAUUAUUUAUUGGGCUCUAUUUGCCUUAAGUUCAGUGGUGAUUGUUAAUUUUGAUGUCGCUUUGUUUGGACAGGUAUAUUUUUAAGAAAAAUGUUUUUUUAUAAAAAUAAAGGGGGGAGGUUUUCUUUUGUCAAAAAAAAAAAAGGCAAAAAUUAGGUCUGUUACAUUCAUCAUUGGCAUCUUCAUUGUUGAUUUAACCCCCAUUGUUAGUUCAUCACUUGAGCUUAGAAAGUAGAGUUUUGUGGUAAGGAUUCAUGUUCAAUAGCUUCGUUGAAAGUGUUCACCCAUUCUUUAUCCUUGAUUCUUCAACAAUCUCUAUGGUGGGGAUGGGUUAUGAUUUUUUAAAAUGAAAUGACAUUGUGUUUUGUUAUUCUCCUGUUCAACUAAGGUGAGGACAAUUGAUUUGUUCAUGUCUGAAAAGAGGAAACUCAAUCUUCCCACAGUGCUUCCAUCUAAUUCAAUGUUGUUUUGGAAAGUAAUUGAAUACGAUUUUGAUUCAAUGUUGUUUAAAUCUAAUUGAAUUUGCUGCUUUGAUAAGUAUUGGACAUGAUUGCUUUGGUAUUGAAUCUGAUUAUGCAUUGAUGGACGUACUUGUAUGGAUUUCAAAAGUGUGAACAAUGGUACUUAUUGUAUUAUUGAUGGGCUGAUAACUACUGAAUGCUGUAAUUUUGAAAAAUGCUUUGCAUAAAUACUCAAAGAACAAUAGAGCUCUGACCUCACGGUAUCCAAGGUUUAGUUUUGUUGCCCUCGCCAGUGUUGUUAAAGGCGAAAGGCGCACUCAAGCUGCAAAGCUUGUAAAACGGCCUAGGCGCAAGGCGCUAAAAAGGUGCGCACCUAAGUGAAGCAAGGUUUAUAUAUCAUAAGUGACUACUAUUUCUUUCCCCUUUAAAAAUUGUGUCUAAUAUGUUUGUUUUUAUAUCAGAAGUGACUUUACUAUUUCAUAUCUAUAAUAAUCCUAUUUCAUAUAUGUGAAACUGGUAUUAUAGGUUGCAAACAAGCAUGGGUACAAAGGAGGAAAUAAUGGAAGAGAUAUGAUGAUCAUUGGGCUGGUUUUGCAUAACUUGUUAUGAAUUGGGUUGAUAAAAUUCACAAAUUGAAACUUUCAAGAUUUCAUAUAUUGCACUUUUGUCUUGAUAUAUUGUGGUAGAUGAUGACAUUAACUUUACACUGCGAAACUUUAUAAUUGCAAUCCAAAAAGAAAGUAGUAGCUACAAUCAACCAAGGAGUUAUGAACAAAAUGAGCUCCAAGAUCAGAAAAGAUCAGAAAGAGAGAAGCUCAAGCACAGUGUAGAAGCAAUGGCUGGAAUAAAAGGAAGAAAUGGCUAAAACAAAAGGAGCUAAUGAAGCAGCUGGGAAGGGAUGAGCUGAACUGGAUGAUAUUGUAUGGCCUUGAACCUGUAUUUGAAUCUCAACAAUGUAAAUAAAUAUUGUAUGGUCUUGAAACUGUGAAGUGUAGUAAAAGUUAUAUUGAUUUGAACAAAAGUGACUCAAUUUGCCUGGAAAUCAGUCAUGAUAUGGGAUUCUAUUAUGUUGA